ACGCGCCUAUAUUCAAAACCCGAGGAGCUGGAAGGAGGCAGCCAUGGCUUCGGGAGGCGCCUUCAAGACCCCCAGCAAGCCCUCCACGCCCAGGCCGUCCGGACAGAGUAGCCCUUCGCCCUCCAUAACAAUUCCAGCCUCUCCUUUCAUGCAGAAGCUUGGCUAUGGGACUGGAGUCAGCGUUUACCUGAUGAAAAGGUCUCCGAAAGGCAUGCCUUGCUCUCCCUGGGCCGUGAAGAAAAUCAAUCCCGGAUGUGACUCCAACCAGCGAAAUACGUAUCAAAAGCGGCUGAAUGAGGAAGCCAGCAUUCUGAAAAACCUCCAGCACCCCAACAUCAUCGGGUAUCGUGCCUUCACGGAAGCCAAGGAUGGGACCAUGUGCCUCGCCAUGGAAUACGGGGGAGAGAAGUCUCUCAACGACCUCAUUGAAGAGAGGAAGGAGAAUGGCUUGGGGCCCUUCCCGCCUGAGACCAUCCUCAGGGUUGCCUUGCACGUGGCAAGAGGGCUGAAGUAUCUUCACAAUGAGAAGAAAUUGCUUCACGGUGACAUCAAAUCCCCCAAUGUUGUCAUUAAGGGUGACUUUGAGUCCAUAAAGAUCUGCGACGUGGGCGUUUCACUGCCUCUGGAUGAAAACAUGACAGUGAGCGACCCGAAGGCUGUUUACAUUGGUACCGAGGCCUGGACACCCAAGGAAGCCCUGGAGCAGGCUGGCGGUGGUGUCAUCACCGACCGGGCGGACAUAUUUGCCUUGGGGCUGACGUUGUGGGAGAUGAUGACCCUCUCGAUGCCCCACGUGAACCUGCCGGAGGACGAUGAUAGCGACAACACAGACGCGUCUUUUGACGAAGCUGACUUUGACUACGAGGCCUUUUAUGAGGCGCUGGGGACCCGGCCGGCCCUCAAUGUGGAGGAGCUGGGCCCCACGUACCAAGCGGCCAUCGAGCUCUUCGCCCUCUGCUCCAUGGAGGAGGCCAGCAAGCGCCCCUCGGCCGCUCACAUCGUGGAGGCUCUAGAGGCCAAUGGAAUCGUGCAAUAGGUGCGCCAGGUGUACUUUCCAGAGUUGAAGCCAUUCGUAGCCGUAGGACGGUCGGUCCGGUAGCAGUUAUCCCAUUCUGUGGUUCGCUCUGGAUGGAUUCCAAUGCGCUUUUCAAGACUUUGUAAAUAUAUCUCCUCUCCCUCAAAGUCAUCACAUUGACCACUUUGACCCUUCUAGUGUUUUGGACUCCCAAACACCUGGAGAAGGGCCAAAGUUUGCCCAUGCCUGGCAUGGACUGUGCCUGCUCCACUGAGUAUCAGAUUGCAGGAAUAGUAUUAUAUAUACUGUUGUUCUUCCACAUGCUGUGGGUCAGUUCAGAGUGUCCUUUCUGUAUUUACCAGGUGGCCAAAGCCUCUCUCUGUCCACUUGAAUGACCACGCGCUGCUGGACCUCUUUCUCAGGUGCCAGGUUAGGGCUCUCUCCCCUCUCUCUCUCUCCUUAAAGGAGACAAUGUUCCUUUAACUAGACACUGGGUUUUUCCUGUCAAUCAAUCAAUCAAUCACAUCUCCUCCCUAUAUAUAUAUGGAACUUCAACUAUAGCAAA